GACGAGGACAAUGAUUUUAAGUCGAAAAUUCGGCAAAAGUUCACACGCGAAUCCGAUGACUUUCUGGGCCAAGCGAUCAUUGAAGUGAGAACGCUGAGCGGAGAAAUGGACGUCUGGUACAACCUCGGUAAGUUGUUUAAUCGUGUUAAUAAAUUCCCUGCCGACCUCAUCAAGCCACGAUGCAAUGAAGUGAUCUGUUUCGCUCUCCAUCUCGCUUCCUACCGCCCACAAAAUGCUUGUUGGCAUGGCACAGUCUGUUGA